AUGUCGAAGGGAUCCGCAGUUGGCAUUGAUCUUGGCACCACUUACUCCUGUGUGGAAGUCUUCCAAUGUGGGGAAGUGGAGAUCAUUGCUAAUGACCAAGGAAACAGGACCACCCCAAGCUAUGUCGCCUUCACUGACACAGAACAUUUAAUCGGUAAUGCUGCAAAGAAUCAAGUUGCAAUGAACCCCACCAAUGCUUUUGAUGCCAAACGUCUCAUUGGUUGCAGAUUUGAUGAUGCAGUCAUACAGUCAAACAUGAAGCAUUGGCCUUUAACGGUGGUGAAUGAUGCAGGCAGGUCUAAGGUCCAAGUGGAUUACAAAUAGAAGACCAAAAGUUUCUCUCCAGAAGAAGUAUCUUCUAUGGUAUUGAUCAAGAUGAAAGAAAUUGCUGAAGCUUACCUCAGGAAGACUGUCGCAAAUGCUGUGGUCACAGUACCAGCCUAUUUCAAUGAUUCCCAAUGUCAGGCCACCAGAGAUGCUGGAACCAUCCCUGGGCUCAACGUGCUCUGAAUCAUCAAUGAGCCAACUGCUGCUGCUAUUACUUAUGGCUUGGACAAAAAGGUUGGUGCCAAGAGAAAUGUGUUGGUCUUUGACCUUGGAGGUGGUACUUUUGAUAUCUCUAUUCUUACUAUUGAAGCUGGCAUCUUUGAGGUCAAGUCCACAGCUGGGGACACCCACUUGGGUGGAGAGGAUUUUGACGACCGAAUGGUCAACCAUUUCAUUGCUGAGUUGAAGUGAAAGCACAAGAAGGACAUCAGUGAGAACAAGAGGGCUGUUCACCAUCUGUGCACCACUUGUGAACGUGCAAAGUGUACACUCUCUUCUAGUACCCAGGCCAGUACUGAGAUUGACUCCCUCUAUGAAGGUAUGUACUUCUAUAUAUCAAUCACCCAAGCCUGUUUUGAAGAGCUGAAUGCUAAUCUCUUCCGUGGCACACUGGAUCCUGUGGAAAAGGCCUUACAAGAUGCCAAGUUGGAUAAAUCACAGAUUCAUUACAUCAUCCUGGUGGGUGGUUCCACGUGCAUCCCCCAGAUCCAGAAGCUUCUGCAAGACCUCUUCAAUGGCAAGGAGCUCAACAAGAGCAUCAGUCCUGAUGAAGCUGUUGCCUAUGGUACAGCUGUCCAGGCUGCCAUUUUGCCUGAAAAUAAAUCUGAGAAUGUGCAAGACUUACUGCUGUAGGAUGUCACUCCUCUUUCCCUUGGAAUUGAAACUGCUGGUGGAGUUAUGACAGUUGUGAGCAAACGUAAUACCACCAUCCCCACCAAGCAGACACAGAUCUUUACCACUAUUAACUAUCCUGAUGUGCUUAUUCAGUUUUAUGAAGGUGAGAGAGCAAGGACAAAGGAUAACAACCUGCUUAGCAAGUCUGAGCUCACAGGAAUCCCUCCAGCACCCAGGGGUGUUCCUCAGAUUGAAGUAACAUUUGACAUUGAUGCCAAUGGCAUCCUCAAUGUUUCUGCUGUGGAUAAGAGCACAGGCAAGGAGAAGAUCACCAUCACCAAUGACAACGGUCAUGUGAGCAAAGAAGACAUUGAGUAUAUGGUCCAGGAGGCUGAGAAAUACAAGGCUGAUGAUGAGAAGCAGACACAAAUAGGCCCCCAGAGUGGUCUUACCCAGGGCAAAGUCCAAGCUCUGCAAACUUCUAACCUGGGUUCGGGUCUGUGCAAGAUGAGACUGUUGUUGGAUUCUGUCCCCAUUAGCCAGCUGGAAAGUUCUGAGUACCACUGCCGGAAUGCCGCUAUCAUGCAAACACAGGUCCCCUUCUCACUGUCCUGUAUCUGUGACCUAAAAUUGGGUUGUGGGCAACAAAGCUGUCAGUUCACACCUGUCCCUGCCCCCAUACCCAGUUUGGGUCUGGUGGUGCCCCCAUAUGUUGCCCCACCUCUUGCCCUGGUUCAUAGCCUUUCCCUUGGUGCUGGAAUACUCAGCCUGUGGAGUACUCCUGGCCCAACCCUGUCUCCGGCGUCUGCGGACUUCCCUCUCUGUCUCCUUAUGUCAACCUGGGCCAGAGAAAGGACUCACUGUGACUUUUUCCGCAUUUCCUCAUCAGGACCCAGUCUGGUGAGACGCUUCUUGCAGUCUCUAUUUCAAGGAUCUCUCCUCUCGGCUCAUAUUUCCCUUUUAGACUUGGGGAAUGGAAGGGGAGGGGGAAGUGAUGGAGCGCACCCUGAAUUCCAACCUCCUUCACCCAGGAGACACGACAUCCAAGGCCACUGUAGGGAUGAGGCGAGGAAACAGGGUUUCCACACCCGGUUGGAGUACCCUCCCGGGCUGCUAAUCUACCCGCCGUGGGUUUCCUGCCCGCAGGGUGGUAUAAGGCACGGCUCCAGUCCAAUCGUGCCCCACCCUGUGCCCAGCCUCCACGGCAACGGUUUCUGGGUGCUGCAAAACUUGUUUCAUUCGACUCCUCCCAACUUCCGUAGGGGGUGCCCGGACACGGGUAGCAAUGCGUGGCCCAGUCCCGCCUAUGUGCUGGUCUUCCCCUCUCCACAGGUACAACAGUGGACUCAGGUGCAACGAACCCCUCCCCUCCCCGCCGCGGAGCUAGGGUCCAAAGGAAAGUGA